AUGUCUGAGGCUACUACCAGUUCUUUGGAGGAAAUCCUUCCUCAGCUAAAAUGCCACUUCACAUGGAACUUAUUUGAGGAAAAGAUCAUCCCAGAGAACCUGGAAGAGAGAGUGAAUGAGCAGAUUGAAUCUUUAUACCCCAAGUUCAGAGGCACAAUGUACAACAUGCUGGCCUACAUCAAACACUUAGAUGGUCAGAACGAGGCCGCCCUGGAAUGCUUGAAGCAAGCUGAAGAGUCCACCCGGCAGGAGCACGCUGACCAAGCAGAGGUCAGAAACUUGGUCACCUGGGGAAACUACGCCUGGGUCUACUACCACCUGGGCCGACUCCCAGAAGCUCAGGCUUACGUGGACAAGGUGAAACAGGUGUGUGAGAAGUUUUCUAACCCCUAUAGCAUUGAGUGUCCUGAGCUGAACUGUGAGGAAGGGUGGACACUGCUUAAGAGUGGAAAGUGGCAAACUGAAAGGGCAAUGGUAUGCUUUGAGAAGAAUCUGGAAAAGCACCCGAAUGACCCUGAAUAUACUAGUGGACUGGCCAUUGCAACUUAUCGCCUAAGUGAUGAGCCAACACCUGUAAAUGUCAUUGCCCUUCUGCACCAAGCCAUUAAACUGAAUCCUGAUAGCGAAGAUCUUAAAGUUGUUUUAAAACUGAAAAGCAGGAAUGGGGGUGAAAGAGCUAAGUUAGUUGAAGAGGCCCCGAAGGAAGCUCCAAAGACCUCUGAAAUGCCUCAAGCUGCAGCAAAGUUUUGUGAAAGGAAAGAAGACUCUGUGAAGACUUUGCAGUCUACCCCAAACAAGGCCCAGGAGCAUUUCCGUAUUGGAUUCAAAUACCGGGGUGAAGUCCUCCAGAUGACAAAGCGGCCAAUGUUUGGGAAUAGAGAUGACUUAAAUGAAUUAAUUCAAAAAGCUAUAUAUCAUUUAAAGAAAGCUCAUGAGCUGGAUGAAGAUCUUCCCUGUGUCUGCCUCUACCUCGGUGAACUCUACUCAGAAGCAGGUCAGCACACCAAAGCAAAGCAUUACUUCCAAGAAGAACAAAGAAAAGCACUAACUCCCGUAGACGAACAAAGAUUCCACCUACAUUAUGGCAAUGUUCUACUGAGGAACAAGGAGGAUGAAAAGGCCAUCCACCAUUUUCUGGAAGGUGUGAAAAUACAACACAGCUCGAAGGAGAAAGACAGGAUAAAAAUCCAGUUGGAAAAAAUAGCCCACUCAAGGCUUUCUAAAGAUAGAGCAGACCCACAGGGUUUGCAUAUUAGGCAGAUUCUCUAUGGAGCAGCAUAGACCAAUGCAG